AUGGCAUUGAAUUUUCCAUUUCCAUCACCAUUAUCAGUACCUGUACCUAGAAGGUUAAUAGUUUUAUUAUUAUCUGGAACGAUAUUAGUUUUAUUUUUACAUACAUUCGCACCUACAACACUACCACCUGUAUUAACACCCAAUUUACCACAUCAUGAACCUGACGCUUCCUAUUUUUCACCUUCAAAAUGGUUACCACCCAUUCUAAAUCCCAACACACCUUCACGACCCACCGAGUUCGACGAAGAUGGUCAAUGUCUUUUCUUAUCUCCCUAUGAAGCUUUGUCACAAUCAGAAAAACGUAGAGCUGAAUUAUUGGUUUUGGAACAAAUAAGUAAAGGAAUAGUCAAAUCAAAAUCACCCCCUUCAGAAGGAAAUGAUUAUGAUCCGGAUUUCGAUGAUGAAUUUUCACCUAAUUCAAAUGAAUCUUCAAAGAUGCCAACAGGUCUGACUCAUCCUAUAUUAGGUUUGUUAAGACAAGGUGAAAUAAAAUGGAACUCAAUGUUAGCCAGACAAUCUCAAACUUUAGAUCAAGCUGUAAAAGGUUAUAAAGAGAAAUGGAACAGAAAUCCUCCAAAAGGUUUCGAUGAAUGGUGGCUUUUCGCCCAAUCCAAUAACGUUUUACUUCCAGAUGAAUAUGACGCCAUCAUGGACUCCCUUUUACCAUUUUACGGUCUCCCAAUCGAAACCUUGAAAGAAAGAUUAGAAGAAACGGAGAAGAUCCAGGAAACGUUUACUUUGAUCAUACAUGAUGGAAAAGUAGAAUUACAAUGGAACGAUGAUUACUCUCGAGACACUUGGUGGGCAAGUAGACCAAGAGCAGAUUCGCAAAUCAACUUGUUAGAACCUUUUAUUAAACACAUCGGAGCAGUCAGAGCUACAUUCACAAUUCAUGAUCAACCUUCAAUCUUACUUGAUCAUGCCAGACAACAGGAACUAGUCAACGCCGCUAAAUCCGGUAAAGUGUCAAAUCAUCCUAAUGAAAACGAUAGGUUCGAGCAAGACUGGAGCAAGGCUUGUGCUAUAGACAGUCCCUUAAAUAAAGGCGAGCAAGAACCACUCGCUGCCGAUACGUUCAUAAGCACCCACUCAGAAGCUAUGGAUAUCUGUGAACAUCCUUCAUAUAUGGAAAAUCACGGAAUGCUAUUGGAAGAACAUAAUUCUGAGACUCAUCCUAAACCUCACACCAAAUUAUAUCCAAUUUUAGUCCCUUCCAAAACCAUGUUGAACGGUGAUAUACCUGUGACACCGAUUGGUAGAGAUGGUAGAAGAGACGAUGUUGGACCUGAUCCUGAAUGGAGCAGAAAGAGCGGUAAACUGUACUGGCGAGGAUUAGCCACAGGUCUCAACCAUGACAAGAAGAAAGGAGCUAAAUGGAGACAAUCACAUAGGGAGAGAUUGCAUUUCAUGGCCAAUGACAGAACCGAUUCAUACACCAAGGUAUUAUCACCUGUGGGAUCAACGGGAGAAGCUGAAUUAUCAACAUUACCCUUGAAGGAACUAGGAGAAUAUUACAUGGACGUUAAAUUGGCCGGAGGUCAUUGGCAAUGUGAUUGGGAUGAUGGAACCUGUGAUGAAAUGGAAAAAGAAAUCGAAUUUACUGGAAAAGACAGCGCUGAAAAGAGUAAUGAUUACAAAUACGUUUUCGACACUGACGGAAAUGCUUGGUCUUCUCGAUUCCCUCGUCUAAUGGCCAGUAAUAAUGUCGUUGUAAAAGCAACAGUCUUCCCUGAGUGGAAUACCAAAUCAUUACCUGAAUGGUACGCUUACGUUCCAUCCAAAAUGGAUUACUCCGAUUUAUUCUCCAUCAUGUCAUUUUUCCGCGGAACACCUUCAGGACGAGGAGCACAUGAUGAGGUUGCAAGGAGGAUAGCUUUGAAUGGUCAAUGUUGGGUUGAGAGGACAUGGCGAAGAGAGGAUUUACAGAUCUACAUGUUCAGAUUAUAUCUUGAAUACGCAAGAUUAGUGAGCCCAGAUAGAGAUAACGGAAAGAUGGAUUAUAUACCACCAACGAGUCAUCAUCAGAACACACCUUCAUCAGAUGAUGACCACCUUUCAACGGGACAUGGUGGAAGUGUACCUGUAGCUGCGGAUGUAGUACCGCCAAUGAUCGAUGAGUAG